AUAAAGACAUAAUAACCCUGCGGUCUCUGGGAUAUUGGGGUCUCUGAGUCUGGCAUGAUGUAACAUGUAAACACUGAAAAUGAGUGCUGAUCCUCACCGGCGGACGAGAGUGGUAAGAGACGAGGACGAGGACGAGGAGGAGGACCCUGUGGAGGCCAUGAUAGCCAAGACGGGCUGCCUGGAGAAGCACUACGCCAUUCAGUUCUGCAUGGCUGACCACAAGGACUGGCGCAAGUGUCAGGACCAGGUGAAGGACUUCCAGCACUGCAUCACGGAGCACAACAAGAAGAAAUACCAGUAACAGGGAGCCAGCACACACACACACACACACACACACACACAGAUAGAGGAGGCCACAGCACAAAAGAACACACACGCUAGCAGGAAACACGCUCACACAAACACAGCAGACUAGGAGACACUAAAAGAGAGAGAGAGAGAGAGAGAGAGAGAGAGAGAGAGAGAGAGAGAGAGAGAGCAUAACGGAAUACAAGAACCACCAACAGAAAAGCACCAAGAUUUAUACACCCAUUAACACCAACAAGAACAACACCAAAAC